AUGACAGACUCACUCAAUCUCAUGAUGGCCCAGAUCUCAUUUUUGGAGCCGCAUCUAGUGUUGAUACACAUCCCGACGGGCCUGUACACAUUGUUCCUGCAGCCGAUCCAACAGCUGCUGUUCGCCGACGACAAUGAUCCUGACCAGGAGUUGAAUUCGUCAUGGACGAAUCGACACGAUUUCCUGAACGUCAGCAUCACGCCUGAAGGAGUGUCCGUAAUCUGUACCCGAUACCUGGCGGACAAAUACUUCUCACCGAUCCAAGAAAGGUGGAAAGACGUGAUCGACGGCUUCGAGAUCGUGGACGAGACCUUCACUGUGAUCCAGGUGGAUGGACAAGGCCUCGACGCCGGUCAGAGGGUGCUGGAGUUAACCAGCCCGUUGGCAAUGGCAGGCAUAUCAAUUUUCUUUAUCACGACUUACUUCAGCGACUUCAUCCUCGUGCCCACAUACGCCCGACGGACCGUUACCACUGCCCUAGAGCAGCGAGGCUUCGUUUUCUCUCGAUCUGCUGAUGCAUUUGUAUCCCAGCUCUCGCCUGCUUCACCUCUGCUGGGCCAUCAUCAUAAUAGAAACAAUAGCCAAAACUCGGCAGACUGGAUCCUUGCGCCAACGACCAGUCACGGGCUGAACAUGCCCUCGACACCGCCCGCUAAGGAUCUGCCGGAAUUGCAACGCCGUACUUUCGACAAGUUGCGCAGGAAUAAGAUCAGCCCAGUUGUCGAUGAUGAGAUGAGGUUACUGACAUGUGCGGGACACGAUGACGACCCUUCCACGUCGGAUCGACUAAAGAGCGAUUUGCUGCAGGUCCUCAUCUCGACCUCCGCGAGCAGUAUUGCCCGAACACCAGCAAAGAGCACAAAUGGCGCACUGAACGGCCACCACGAUGCCGUCAAGCCGCCGAGCAGUGCGGCCUCGUUCUUGUCAAUAACGAUGACUGCCAAUGAUCCAAUAUCGAUAUUCCUCGAAGCUCGACUUCUGGAUCGGCUAGGCGGCGCUCUACUCGGAAACAAAUCUCUUGACUCAGAGGACGUGCUGGUCCCUAUAUCAUUCGACCUUCAGGCGUUGCCUAUGGAGGCGACGGGUAUUGUGUGUGGUGUCGCUGGAUGCCUUGCAGCUGGUGAGACGGGCCGGGAACGGGAGCUUGGCUCGGAUGCCGGACCAGACAGCAACCUCGACAUCACCUUUCUCAGUACAGCAAAGGCUGGCAUCGUGCUGGUGAAGGAGUGUGAUCUUGACCGCGCGAUGCAGGCACUACGCUUUGGGUUCGAGCAGGUUUCGUCCGUUGUUGAUGAAGUCGCAGCAUGA